AAAGGAAGAAUGAAUGCAGAUAUCAACAACAUUUUUCGAUAAAUGGCUGUUCCCUCAUGCCAUUGGCGCUAUAGACGGGAAGCAUAUCAAAAUUAUAAAACCCAAUUCCAGUGGCACCGAUAAUUUUAAUUACAAGGGGUUUUGUAGCAUGGUGUUGCUGGCUAUAGUCGAUGCGAAUUGCAAUUUUUUGUUCGCAGAUUUAAACGAGCGGCACUCCCGAGCACGCAGAACGGUAGAGAUGGCGUUCGGGAUAUUAUCAAGUCGAUUCCGAGUAAUGAAAACCACAAUAGAGCUAGGCCAG